AUGCGUCCAUGUGGCUUGCAUCCUUAUCUUAUUGCGUUGUGCCAUCAGGGUGUAACGUUACUUGCAUUUGGUAAUGGUGCUCCUGACGUCUUUAGCGCCGUGACAGCGAUUACUACGGGAGAUCCAGAUGCUCCAGACGAAGGACUUGGCUUGGGAUUCCUUCUAGGCUCUGGUCUACUGGUCAAUACAGUUACAGCUGGACUCGUCAUAGCCAGUACGCCAUUCAAGAUGAGCCGCCGACCCUUUCUGAAAGAUAUCUUCUUCUACUUGUCAGCAGUCAGCUGGAGCGCUCUGAUACUUAUUCGACGCCGACUUUACUACGCGGAUGCAAUCGGCUUUUUGGUAUUCUAUUGUUGUUACGUGCUGGUCACGUGGGCUGGUGGCACCAUUCACCGUCGCCAAAAAGAAGCGGAAAAACGCUACGGUUCCGGUACGUUCUGGCCAACACCUAUUCAACGGCUACUAGACGGGGUGAACAGAACGUGGGUGAAGAUUAAACAACCUCUUGCAGUUUGUUUCAACCGCGCCUGUCCAAUGUACACACGAUUUCGGAAGGAGCUGUGUAAGCUGAAAAGAAAACCAGAGAAAGGAGAAACGCCAGGCACACAAAGUGACGUUGGGUCACAGGCAGUGGAAAAAUCUGCAGCAGCAGGACAGCCGUUCGUGAUGAACGGCUCUUUGGCUAACGGAGGGGUUGGAGAACAGGGCAAGAAUACGAUUUCACAACGCACCUAUCCAACACUUAAAAAACCUACAAUUGAGGUGACUUCACAUGAAGAUCCCGAUUAUCAACUCGACGCUCCUGGUUCCCCUUAUACACCUUCGGCAGAUAUCACCGCGGACCAGAGUAGAGCUUCUCCAAUGCAGCCCGCGGAGAACAUGAUUCCAAUGAAUUUAAUUCAACCUGGAGAACACCAUAGGAAACGUGCCUCCUCGGUCGGUACAUCUAACGAGAACUGCAAUCCACGCCGUCUAUCUACCAGCACACCAGGACCUGGCGUUCUGACUCGAGAUCGAUGCGGACGGUCUUAUUCGGUAAAUAGAAGACGUGCAAGCGCUCGAAUGAGUACAGUCGGUUACGAACUUCCCUAUCUAGUGCGAUGGAUUAUUGGUAAAUAUUGCUCACUGCUGAAGCCGUUUUGA